UCAGGCGUCGCCGUAAGGACAGCAGACAACGGAGACAGAGAACCACCUUCACUACAGAACAGACCAUGAAGCUAGAACUGGAGUACAACAGGACGGAGUACAUUACAAGACCCAGACGGUUUGAGUUAGCGGAAAUGUUGAACCUGUCAGAAACACAGAUCAAGAUCUGGUUCCAGAACCGCCGAGCGAAGGACAAACGGAUCGAAAAAGCGCAACUGGACCAACAAUACAGGUGUCUGGGCCUACCCUCCCCCUAUGCGCAUGCGUACGGCGGUUACUGCGGUGCUUGUUACUACCGGGAGAGAAAUGGCGGCUCUGGUCACACCUGCACAUCCGGGUUCUGCGGGACGGAAGGGAACCAUCAGAAGGCUGCCAAGGCGUGAUCACGUGAUGAUCACGUGAAGUCAGUGUAAUAAAAAGAGAACGAAAACGUGUUCUGUUGUCAAGAGGUGAGACGUGUCGCUACUAAAAUGUUAAAGGUGUUGAACAAUACCUCACAUAUACAGCUAGCGUGAUUUUUGAAUUACACAUUAACUUACAGUUAACGUUGACGGUCAACGUCCCCUGUUUCGCCCAAGUGCCUUUUCAUGUCGUCCGAAUGUAUAUAUCUGUACAUGUGUAUGUUAAGUUUGUGUAACACAUCAAUUCACUGUCCAUGGCUCUAUAGAGCUAUAUAAGUGAGAUUUAGGAUAUAUGUAUUUCUAGACAGUAUUAGAUAUCUAUGUGGAAUAGCAGAGGAAUAAACUAUGUAUUUGAUAGAUGUAUAUACACUUAUAUAGAUGGAGGCUAGACAUCCAAGUAAUAAGAUCGUCUGAAACGGCCUGAAACGUUUGACCGUUUCCAAAAUCAUAUCAGUUAUGUGAGUAAUUGCUAUUUGGUGUACAUGCACUUACUUUGAAAGUUAGGGAAGGUAGGAGUUGUCACACUUUGGAUAUGUUGAUGGUAUCAUGCCUGCCUCUGCAGCUACUCAUAAUCUUUGAUCAACCAAGGAGCUUUUAUCAAGAACGCUGAUACAAGCUCCUUGGAUCAACAAAGCACGGUAGAGUAUUGGUGAAGCAUUGCUUUGAAACAGUGUAGAGUUAUGAAGAAGGUGUUUAUUCGUUGUAAAUGUCUAUUUAUAUGGAGAAGAAUGAGAAGAAUGUACAGUAGGUAAGGAUUAUGGUGCAAAUAUAGUAUCAAACAGUGAGUAUCGCAAUAAAAGAAUUGUGGAAAGAAAA